GUCAGCACCUGAGGAAUGCCAAACCUCCGCUGCGCCAGGGCUGGGUGCUCAGGGCUGGGUGCUCAGGGCUGGGUGCUCRGGGUGACUCUGCCGGUCCGCCCAGCUGUGCGGUGUGCACAGAGCAGCACGGCGAGCCCGCUCGGCGCGGCACGGCACGGCACGGCACGGAACAGACCCCGGUGGGACCCUCGGCCGGCAGCUCUGCCAGUCCCAGCGUGGCGGCCGCAGAGGCUGAGCCCGGCACGUUACGGGACCGCGGCGCUCCCUGCCAUAGAUCUCCCAUUCCGGCACUCCAAGGGCAGGGGCUUCAUCUCCAGCGCCGAGCUCAGCAUGAAGCAGGCGGCCGCGGGCGCUUCCGAGGGCCGGUCCCGUUUCCAGAAGGUCUCGCUGGUGUCGCGGCGGCUGGAGAGCACCGGGAGCGCCCGGGGCCGCGACGGGAGCCCCUCCCGCGUGUCCCUCCUGCUGCAAGCCUGGGARAAGGAGAUCGUGGAGAAGAAGGGCUCCAGCCCCGCCACCCCGAGCCACUCGUCCUCCGUCAGCCUCCGCAAGGAAUUCACGGCGCACGGCCCCAUCUUCUCGCAGGUCUAUUCCCCGGCGCAAAGGCCCCGGCGCCAGGACGAGCGGGGAAAGGGGGGUGAGGGCGGUGAGGACACCCCCACCCCGGCCGGUCCCCCCCGCGAGGUGCCCGUGCACAGGGAGAGCUACKUGCACGGCACCCUCCUGCCCACCCGGCCCGCCGAGCGUCCCGCGGGUGGUCCCGGUGACCCUCCCGGUGCCCCGUGCGCCGCCAAGCCCGGCCGCGUCCCUGCCCUGCCCAGGGCCAGGCAGGUCACGGUGCUGCGGAGCGGCAGGGACGCGGGCGGGCCGGAACCGCGGCCGGUGGAGGGACGGGAAGCCCAGAACGGGACACACGACACCGGCGAGCGGGACAGCUCCGGGCAGGACGGCAGCGGCUCCGCGGCGGCUGCAGAGGGCAGCGAGAGCUCGCCGGGCACCACGGAGACCGCUGGGCUCUCGGCUCCGGAGAAUGACUUGCCCCAAGCCGAACCCCGGGCAGUGAACGAAGCUCUGGGAGCCGGCGACAGGCCCGGGGACCCACAAACCAGUCCGACCAGCUCCCCGCAGUGUCCCUCGGCAGGCGCCGCUGGCCAGGCGGAUCCGGAUGGCACAGGUGAGGGAAGCGUGGCAGACGGGAAUGGCACCACUUCAGCCACGCCACCGAGGACAGAGAGCUCCCCGGGAGCUGGCAGCACCCCCGAGAGCCCCUCCUUGGAGGUGGGCGAUGGUCCAGAGCCUUCAUCCGAAACACCAGCAYCAACAAAGGCUGAGAUUGAGCUGGAGUGGGAUGAGCCCAUGGAGAACCCCCAGGGCACAGCCCAAGAGCCCGAGAGCAUCUCAGAGCCCCCCACCGAGCCCCCAGCCCCUGAYCCCCCAGCUGAGAGCCCCUCGGACACGACCGAGGAGGAUCCCGAGCUGCUGGUGGACAUGGAGAUCUUGGUGGACACUCUGCGCAACAUGGAGCCCUCGGAGAUGCGGAAGGCGCCCAAGGGCCCGCGGCAGCCCCGGCCGUUGGCGCUGGGUCGCUGCUCGGCUCUGCCCCCCAUCCACGAGGACCGCGUGGCCCCCCGUGCCCCCGUGUCCCUGCCCGAGGCYCUGCGGGAGCUGCUGGCGCGGGGCCCGGCGGGGUGGCCCCAGGAGACCCCCGAGGAAGAGGAGGAGAUCGAGAACCCCUACCUGAGCCCCGAGGAGCGGGCGGCCGCGGGGACCCUCCGUGCGGUGCCCRGGGACAGCGUGGCRGGSGAUGGGUGGCUGGAGGGGGGCUCASUCCUGGGCACACUGGGAGCAGAUGAAAAAGCCAAACUGGUGGCURGGGGACCAGCCGAGCAGAGCGUCCUCUUCCGAGGGAAUGUCCUCAAGGGCAUGUCCCUGCUCUCCCACUUUUUGGAGCAGCGGGCAGCUGGAGCUGAUGAGGGCAAGCCCUACUCCCGCCUGGGCAAGAGUGUGCUCUACGGCCGCUUCGUGUCCCCCGGCACCGCCSUGCUCGAGCUGCCCGACAGCGAUGGGGGCACGGGCUCACCCUCCCUCAGCGACCACAACGGGCUGGGUCCUGGUGGCCAUUCUGGCCCUGAGAUGGCAGUGCUGCAAGCCCUGGGUUCUGGCUCUGUCCCUCCUGUCCCCGAGGAGCCAGAGAGCACCGUCACCCUGUGCCCCACCGAUGUCCUGCGGGAGGACAAGGAGGGCUUGGAGAAGAUCAACACAAGACCUGGCAAGAUCAUCCUCUACUCCGAUGCCGGCUUCGCGGGGCAGAAAAGGGAGAUCUGGGACGACAUCCCCGACGCCACGUCCUGGGAGCUCUCACACACCAUCUCCAUCCGAGUCAUCCGAGGCGGGUGGGUGAUGUACGAGAAGCCGCGGUUCCACGGGCGCAARUGCGUCCUGGCCGAGGGGGACGUGGAGAUCGACAACCCCUGGACAGCGUACGGGGAGAACGGACAGUCCCGGGGGAGCCGCCCCUUCCGCAUCGGCUCCUUCAAGAGGGUGGUGCGGGAUUACCGGACCCCCGAGAUCAGCCUCUUCGCCGAGGAGAACGGGGAAGGCGCCCGGCUCCGCUUCACCGACUCGGCCGAGGACAUCCGCACCCGGGGACAGGCGCUGGCUGCCGCCUCCAUCAUCGUUCACUCGGGCCUGUGGCUGCUUUACUCCAAGCCUUUCUUCGAUGAUGAUCCCUAUGUUCUGGAGCCGGGCGGGUACCCCAAUUUAAAGGCUUGGGGAGCAAAGGACCCAUCCAUCUGUUCCAUGCAUCCCAUCAGGCUGGGCAGCCCCGUUGUGGAGAGACCCGGUGAGCCACAGGUGCUGAUCUACGAGGCUGCAGCUUUCCAGGGCCGCAGCUUCACCAUCAGCAGAGAUGUCUAUGACCUGAAAUGCCUGCCCGAGCCAGCACUGUCCACUGYGGGCUCCCUGCGUGUCCUGGGGGGCUGCUGGGUUGGCUACGAGAAGGAAGGUUUCCGUGGCCACCAGUACCUGCUGGAGGAAGGGGAGUACCAGGACUGGAGGCACUGGGGCGGCUACAGCAAGGAGCUGGUGUCCCUACGGCUGAUCCGGACGGAUUUCUCGGACCCAGCGCUGGUUCUCUUUGAGGCCAUGGACUUUGAGCAGGGCGCGAGUGUGGAGCUGAGCGAGGCGCUCCCUGAUACGCAGCUGGAUGGCUACGGCACYGUCACCCAGUCCAUCCACGUGCUGAGCGGAGUCUGGGUGGCCUACGAGGGCCCCAACUACUCGGGGGAGCAGUACAUCCUGGAGAAGGGGGUGUACCGCAACUGCGAGGACUGGGGGGCCAGCGACUGUCACAUCGCCUCGGUACAGCCCAUCCUGCAGGUCAAGGAACACAACGUCCACUUCGUCUCCAAGAUCCUGCUUUUCUCAGAGCCCGACUUCUCGGGGGAUCACGUUGUGUUUGAGGAGGACCAGCAGGCCCUGCCCGAAGCCUUCGUCCCACGCUCCUGCAGAGUCUGUGGGGGCAGCUGGAUCCUGUUCGACGGGCGGGACUUUGCUGGGGAGCAGCACGUGCUGUCCGAGGGCGAGUACCCCACACUGGGUGCCAUGGGCUGCCUCUGCUCCACCGCCAUCCGCUCCCUGAAGAAGGUUCCGCUGUUUUUCUCGGAGCCCUCCAUCUUCCUGCACGGCCUGGAGUGUUUCGAGGGGAAGGAGAUCAAGCUGAACUCCGAAGUGCGGAGUCUCCAGGCRGAGGGUUUCAACAACCACGUGCUGUCGGUGCGGGUCAAAGGCGGGAUCUGGGUGCUGUGCGAGCACGGUGACUUCCGAGGGCGGCAGUGGCUGCUGGAGUGCACCGAGAUCACCAACUGGCUGACCUACAGCGGGCUCCAGCACGUGGGGUCCCUCUACCCCAUCCGCCAGAGACGGAUYUAUUUCCGCAUCAGGAGCAGGGAGCUGCAGCUCUUCCUCUUGGUCCCUGACGAUGUGGAGGACAUGAAGGCGGGGCGGGUGGUGGUCUCCAGCCCGAGCGAGCAGAGCAGCUCUGUCUGGUACUACGAGGACGGGCUCAUCAAAAACCAGGUGGCCCCCAACAUGAGCCUGCAGGUCAUCGGGCCGGCCGGGAAGGGCGCGAAGGCCGUGCUGUGGUCCGAGACWCGGAUGCCACGUCAGACCUGGAGUGUGGAUUCUCAGGGACGCAUCCACAGCCAGAUGUUCGAGGACAUGAUCCUUGAUGUCAAGGGUGGCCAAACCUAYGACCGGGACCACGCCAUCGUUUGGGACAUGGCUGAUGCAAGACCCACGCAGAUCUGGGACAUCCAAGUGCUAUGAGGGGCAGAAUGGGGACACUCUGCCAGUGUCCCCACACUGGGGCAGAAGGCCUCAAACCCCACCCACGCUGCAUCCCAAGCUCCUCUGUGCCCCAGCUGCUGAUGUGAAGGAUGCCCAUCAACCUCUCCAUCRUGGGCGAACCACCCCACCUCCCUCCUGCGGAGCCCUGAACGCAACCGACGUGGGAGAGCAGCAGAGCCCCCUCCCCACAAGCAUUUCUUCCCCUGAACUGUAUUUAUGUACGUGUGUAAGAUACAGCCCUGCUUGUCUGGGCCAGCUCUG